CAGUUAAUUCUCCUUAUAUGUUUUUAAAACAUAGCGUUUCAUCAUAAAUUAGUGGAAUGUAUCCUGUUGACCUUCCGUUGUGCAUUCGGAACUCCUCGGCCAUUUUAUCGAAAACAACGGUAAAAUGGCCGAGGAGUUCCGAAUGUCCGUUGUGGAAAACUGAUGACCAAUGAAACACAUUGGUGUGAUCAGCAAGCUCCUCCUACUUUGAGAUUGCAGUGCCUUUUGUGAAAUGAAACCUCGGACAGAACACUAUUUUAUAAAGAUGAUCCAACGACCCUAAUGUGGAAACAGUCAAGACAAUAGCCAUAAAAGAACAAUACAACAGAGAAUUGUUAUUGAUUGAAGAAGGAAAGAUGACACUAACUAGUUUUCCGUUCAUGACUUAAAGUGAAAUAGAAACAAUCUCCAAGGUUUCAAGUACAGUACAUCAUAAAAUCAGCAAUUUCUGAAGAUCGUCAGUGACAAGGAAAAUGAAAUUGAAGAAGGCCUGAGAUAACAUACAUAGCAAUAGGUUUUUCUACAGAAAUUUUUACUUCUUUUUAAGGAAAUAAGAAAGAUCUGAGGAUUCCCAGUAUUUGUUUUCUGUACAUUUUAUUGGAACUGUUAGUGCUAUGGCAUUCUGAUAGAUUCAUCCUGAUAAUCUCAUUUAUCCAUGAAGAAAAUAGCAAGUUUUUAUUGACCAGAGAAAGUGGGAAUAUAUUAGAUUGUGCCUUGUUUGGGGAACCUGUGAAAGAUUGAUGUAAAGUGGUCCAGAAGUUUCCUGCAUCGCAAUCAAGAAGACAGUUUUGAAACUCAUCACAGCUUUUAGACCCAGGAAUGAAAUGUCCAAUUUAUAUUUUUGACAACAUCAAAAUAUUUGAAAUCAUGCAGAGCCUCAAAAGAAAAGAUGCAAGGAAUUAUUUAUACGACAAAAUAGCUUAGAAAGUGUCUAUUUAAAGAACCUGGUCUGAUGUAAAUUAAUGAAACUGACUCCAAGAACAACAUGGCCCACAGCAGUUUUAUUCCAAGGAAAAGCCUUAUCAUUUGAAUAUCUGCAUGCAGACUCUGGUGAAAUGUGAAUACAUUGUCGGUAAAUUCCUUGUCUUGGUUAAGGAGUGCUUUAGUAUACAUGGAUGUCAUACAUGUUAUACAUGUUUAAUUUAUGGAAAGUUUAAGCGAAAUUAAAACCACCAAAUGUGUUAUUCGGAUGUGUAAAAAGGUGUGAAUGAAAUAGCUGAAAUUCUUUGCCUGCUGGGAAUGUACUAUUUACUUUAGAUCUCAAUAGAUAAAGUGUCAUUUUCAUUAACUUAUUCAUUAAUUACUGAACGCUCCAGUGCAACUGUACAGUAUAUAAAAUAUAUGGACAUCUUGUUACAUCUGACAUUAAACUAUACAUAGUUGACCGAUUUAAGUAUUAACAUUGUGGUUUUUCUCACGAUAAAGGGAUCUGAGAAGGUUUGAUGGAUAUUGAUUAUGCUCGAUGUGUGUUGGAGAAAAUAAGGACUUCUGAAUCAGAGCGAAGGGAAAUGCCAUGGUUCUAAGCACUGUGUGGCAUUCUACGAUCCUGGCUUCAUAUUGAUCCUACCCUUUCAUAGCAAAAGAAGUGUUUGCUUAAUUAUUCAGCUUGACUAGGGUAUCAGGUUUUAGGGCUGCCUUUGUGGAUUAACCUGCUGGUGAAUUAUUCAUUUAAUUUCGCCAUCAGUAUUCAUAACUAACUGGUUCAGAAGUUUGUAACCUUUUACCACCAGUGAAUGAGUGAAUGGCAAACAGGAUUGGAAAUUAUUUAAAUAUGAUUGCUGGAAAAAUGAUUCAUUUUGUGUCAAAGAGUUGGAUUUGCACAGGUGUUAACGCAGCAAACAGAUGAAAAGUGGUGAUUUAAUUCUUUUUGUAAUUUGAUAGACCAGAAAUACUAACAAAAUGAGCCACUGUUUGCUAAGAGAGAAGCGUUUCUUUUGUCGGGAAUGGGCUUUCAGCAAAAUAAGCCACUGUCUUGAAAAUCGCCCUACAGCCAAAACCAGUGGAGCCCUAAUUAUGGGAGGGCCAGGAAGUGGGAAAACAGCCCUCUGCUGCGAGCUAGUCUGGCCAACAAACCCAGGUGGGAAGCAAGUUGCCCUCAAUAAUAGAAUGCUAAGUUACCAUUUUUGUCAAGCACAUAAUGUCGAGGCAUUGUCUGUCUCGUAUUUUAUUAAAAAUAUGGUUGAGCAGUUAAGUUGUUCCGAUAUGAUCUCUGGCUACCAUGAAAUUGUGAAAUCUUCAGAAAUCCAGACUUUGUUACACAAACGGGACUAUGACACAAAUUUAGACGACCUUUUCAAACAGGCAGUUCUUGAACCCUUACAGCAAAUUGAACCACCAGAAAAGACAUUGUUUAUGUUAGUUGAUUCUAUUGAUGAGUCUUACUUGCAUACAACUAGUGAACAUGAAGAAGGGAGCAAAACGAUAGCAGAAUUGUUAGCCAAUCAUCAUUCGUUGCUACCAAAAUGGUUAUUACUGAUGUGUUCAUCGAGAAAACAAAAUAAGACAAUCUCAAGAAUGUUCACAGGGUUUCGGAAAAUUAGUUUAGAUGACUUGCGAAAGUCCUACAUUGUUCGUGAUGUGCAACAGUAUAUUUUAUGCCGGCUUGACCAAGAGGAAGAAUUGAGACAACACCUAAGCCGCGAGACUGCUGAAAUGUUAAACCAGUUGCAUAUUAAGAGCAAUGGCUGUUUUUUGUAUCUGGAAAAAGUAUUAGAUGGCGUGGCUGAGCAUUUCAUUAUGCUGCGAGAAAUCCGUGAAAUCCCUGGUACUUUGAAUGGACUUUACCUAUGGUUAUGCCAAAGACUGUUUGUCAGGAAGCAAUUUACGAAAGUUAAACCGGUUUUAGAAGUAAUGUUAGCUGCCAGACAACCACUGACAGACUUGGAAUUAUUUGGAUGUGCUCAAAUUAAGAACACUGUGCUCUUGAAAGAGGAAUUUGAGAAACACAUGAAAAUCCUCUCAAAGAUUUUAAUAACCUCACCAGAUGGGACGCGUAUUCUGUUUCAUCAUAGUUUUGCUGAGUGGUUACUUGAUGUUAAACACUGCACCCAGAAAUAUCUUUGCAACGCUGCUGAAGGUCAUGGAAUGUUGGCCCUUUAUGCCACAUUACACGCAUCGAAGCUAACGCCGCUGGAAGUGCAGGAUUUUGCAUUACAUCUAGUAAAAAGUACUGUUCAAUGUAGCAUAGAGCAUAACCAACUCGUACAGUGGUUGUUAUUAUCUGGGGCAAAUGCUGAGAGAUGUUUGACAGCUGGUUUUCCUAAGGAGCAGAAAGUCUUGAAAUUGUUACUAGAUGCUGGUGCUGAAAUGCCAUGUGAAAAUGAAUGUGAUGCAGUCAGCAUGAAGGAAAGUUUGACUGUAGAAUCUCAGAUUGAAUCACCAAAAAUUAGUGAGCGUGAUAUUGAUGAAAACAUUGACAUUAUUGAUGCAAAUGGACGAACUCUCUUACAUACUGCUGCUUAUAAAGGCAACCUUCACCUUGUUCAAUUAUUGCUAUUAAAAGGUGCCAGCAUAGAAGCCUUAGACAAAUCCAAACAGACACCCUUAAACUUGGCUGCAAAGCAGGGUUACUCAGAUGUUGUGUCUGCUCUAGUUGAGGUUGGGGCAAAUGUGGACAAUGCUGAUGAGGAUGGUUUAACUGCCCUCAGGUCAGCGGCAUGGGGUGGACAUACAGAAGUUGUUGUAGUGUUGUUAUCGGCAGGUGCCUCUGUAAAUAGUUGUGAUAACGACCAAAGAACUGCUUUACGGGCGGCAGCAUGGGGUGGACAUGAGGAAAUAGUGACAAAACUGCUGGAACAUGGUGCGGAUGUGAAUAUAGCUGACAAUGAGGGCAGAACAGCACUGAUAGCUGCUGCCUACAUGGGACAUACUGAAAUCGUAGACCAUUUGUUGGACUAUAAGGCAAAUAUUGAUCAUGCUGACCGUGACGGCAGGUCGGCUCUUUCGGUUGCUGCUUUGUGCAUUCCUGCCAGUAAAGGACAUGAAAGUGUGGUCAGUUUGCUUCUUGAGCGUGGGGCAGAAGUUAACCAUCAGGACAAGGAUGGGAUGACUCCGCUACUGGUCGCAGCAUACGAAGGUCACCAGGAAGUGUGCGAAAUGCUGCUAGAAUGGGACGCUGAUGUUGACCACUGUGAUAAAAACGGUCGCACUCCACUUUUAGCAGCGGCAUCGAUGGGUCAUGAGCAAAUUGUUACGCAGUUAUUAUUCUGGGGCUCAGCUGUUGACAGUAUAGAUUCUGAGGGACGUACGGUUCUAAGCAUUGCUGCUGGUCAGGGCAACGCUGUCAUAGUUGAACAGUUGCUGGAUCGAGGCCUUGACGAGAUGCAUCGUGACAACGCUGGUAUGACGCCGCUUCACAUGGCUGCCUAUGAGGGACAUAAAAAGGUGACUGAUCUUCUUAUAGAACACCUGGCUAAGGUCAACGAGAUAGACAAUGAAGGUCGUAUACCCCUGCACCUGGCUGCCCAAGAGGGGCACCUUCCUGUUUUACAAGUGCUAGUGCAACACGGCUCGCAAGUGAACCAGAGGUCUCAUGAUGGGAAAACACCACUUAGGUCCGCUGCAAUCGAGGGACAUCGGGAUGUCGUGGAGUAUCUGCUUAAUUUCCGAUCAGAUAUUGACUAUCAGGAUGCCGAUGGCAGGUCAACCUUGUAUGUAUUGGCCCUGGAGAACAAAUAUAGCAUUGCUGAUUUGCUUCUGCAGAAAGGUGCGGGAAUGGACAUGGUUGACCUUGAAGGUCGCACUGCUUUGCAUGUAGCUGCAUGGCAAGGACACUUUGAGAUUGUGGACGUGAUGUGUCGUCGGUCAGUGGCAAUUAUAGAUGCUGUUGACAAUGAUAACAGAACUGCUCUUCAAACAGCAGCCUGGCAGGGACAUGAUAGGGUCGUGCAAUAUUUGCUAGACAAGGGUGCUUUUGUUGAUCACACCUGCAAUCAAGGGGCUACAGCUCUGUGUAUUGCAAGUCAGGAGGGGCAUGACAAUGUGGUAAGAGUGCUGCUACAAUAUCACGCUAAUCCAAACCAUGCAGAUCAGUUUGGACGUACUCCUAUGAAGGUUGCUUUAAAGAGUGGGCACCUCAAUGUGAUAAAACUUCUGGAAGAGUAUGGCGCCUCUGUGCCAACUGGAAACAAAAGUCGUAGCUCUUCCUCUGCUUCGUGCACCAGUAGCGAGACCAAGCCAUCACUACAGGCAUCCGAAACUGCCAUACUGACUGUAAAUUCAAGCGUUACCAUUUCAUCUGGCAAUCCUGUUGUCAUGAAUGGCAUCCACAUGUCAAAUUCCCCGUCUGAAUCACCCGAUUCCACUUUCGAUCGGAGAAAAUCUAUGCUUUCAAACAACUCCUCAAAGUCCUCUAGCUACUUGACAAGUUCAACUAAUCAGAGCUCGCUGAACAGUGCAAUGAGUUGUUCCCAGACUGGACCCACUGAAAGUGACUGUAUGACCUUCACCCAGCAACUUCAGCAGUGCUCCCUCUCCCGCAACCGCUCUCGACCAAUAAGCCGCCUCCUAUCUCCGGUCAGCGAGCCUCACAGCCCUGUUCAGUCUCCAUUGGGAUCCCCAGCUUUAAAUAGUGAGUGCCUUCUAUUUGGGGGAACAAAUGGUCAUAAUGGACAGACAACUCCUACAAGAGGUCGUAAAGCAAAUCUUUUGAACAAAAUCCAACUUGCCACGAAUAUAAACAUUACCAUGAACCCUUACAAUGCAGAUAUUAGUGAUGAUGAAGUGUGGAAGGUCAAUCCACACCAUACACAUUCUAGUCUUAAAACCAGUAUGCAAUUACUUGAAAACCAAAGAAAGAAAACUCCUGACCAUGUGUCAAAACCAUUCAUGGGCCAAAGUGCAUUAGAAAUGAGGUCACCAGAAACAAGACGAAAGAGAAAUGGAAUAGUCACAAAUCCUAAUCAUAAAGCCAAGGGCAUUAACUCUGUAGGCCAUAUGAAAAAGCUUGCGCAACUGGAGAGUAGUCAGAGGGGAGAUAACUCAGCCUCACUCAGCAGUGAUGGUAGCUUGUCAACAAACGGUAGAACAUCUCCUAUGGUUGCCAUUGGAGACCAGCGUGCGCCAGUUCGACCAAGUGGACUCCCCUUAAAGAAGGAAACACCAUUGUAAGGAAUUACUCAGCUCUCCUGUUGUUCAGCUCUUCUGAAGGUCGCUGCGCAAAACUAGUCACUCAAAGACAUUUAAACCUCAUCCCGGGUGUGUUGUCUACUUUCAAGACAUUAAACCCUCAUCCCGGGUGUGUCGUCUACUUUCAAGACAUUUAACCCUCAUCCCGGGUGUGUCAUCUACUUUCAAGACAUUUAACCCUCAUCCCAGAUGUGUCGUCCACUUUCAAGUGUAUCAUCCACUUUCAAGACAUUUAGAUGUGUCUACUUUCAAGACAUGUAACCCUCAUCCCAGAUGUGUCGUCUACUUUCAAGACAUUUAACCCUCAUCCCAGAUGUGUCUACUUUCAAGACAUGUAACCCUCAUCCCAGAUGUGUCGUCUACUUUCAAGACAUUUAACCCUCAUCCCAGAUGUGUCUACUUUCAAGACAUUUAACCCUCAUCCCAGAUGUGUCGUCUACUUUCAAGACAUUUAACCCUAAUCCCAGGUGUUGUAUCUACUUUCAAGACAUGUAACCCUCAUCCCAGAUGUGUCAUCUACUUUCAAGACAUUUAACCCUAAUCCAAGAUGUGGCAUCUACUUUCAAGACAUGUAACCCUCAUCCCAGAUGUGUCGUCUACUUUCAAGACAUUUAACCCUAAUCCAAGAUGUGGCAUCUACUUUCAAGACAUGUAACCCUCAUCCCAGAUGUGUCGUCUACUUUCAAGACAUUUAACCCUAAUCCCAGAUGUGGUAUCUACUUUCAAGACAAGUAACCUUCAUCCAAGAUUAUCGUCUACUUUCAAGACAUUUUAAUACUAUGCACUUAAGCUAUGUAUUUUGUGUAUAUGUAAACACUAUGUCAUGAAUCUAAGCAUGUUUUUCUGAACAUAGGGGUUUUCUUAUCAACGAGUGUUUUAAGAAUGAUAAAUACAGUUCAUUAUUAGGUUAGUGAAUAAUGACACAUGUCAAAUUGUUUAACAUGCUAAUUCACUUAAAUUUCCUGUUAAAACAGUGUUUACAAACAACUUUUCUGGAACUGCAUUUAAUUAAGGAAGAGUUAUAGAUUUGAAAAAGUGAUCAUAUGGUGUGUCCAUUGAUGACAGCAUCGUUAUGCAUAUAAAUAUGUUAAUUGUAAAUUUGUAUGUCAAUUGCUCAUUCAGCUUUAAAUGCCAAGACCAUUCUCCAACCCGCUCCCAAUGUGUCCCUGAAUGCUCGGUCUGAAAAUUGUUGGGUAUUGGCCAUUUUCUGGUAAGAUAGGUAAAGCAAAAAUGUUUUAAGACAUUCUAUUAUUGUUGUUGCUUAGAAAGGUUUCGCUUUUGCCCCCUUGAUUUGCUGGCUGGUCAUUCAUGGUAAUUACUGGCUAAAUUAUGAUGGAUUUGGAUGGAUAUUUGUCUGACCACUGCAAUUUAUACCAUAAUACCAGUAAUGGACUGCUUUUACUAUGGAUAAAAAUAUUGCAUUGUGGGUAAUUGUAUAUUAUGUGCAAUAUUAGAAUGUAGUUAAUGUGUGUAUAUGUUGCCUGCGGCCUGAUCUGUAAAGGGAUUUAACUGGAAAACAGUACAAGCUAUACAUACGCAAGAGUUAUGGUUUCAAUUAACAUUGAACAAUUAUAAGUAAUGUUUGACGAAUGUCAAAGUUUUGGUGCAUUCAAUAUGUUGUUAACGAUCUUAUUUUUGUUGUUUUCUGAAUGUCUACAGUACAUUUAACAAAUUAGUUGUUGAUAAUGCAUUUACGAUGAUUUACAUUCAAGCCACAUUUCUGUGCAUGUUCAAUCAGUGAGCAGACAUACUGGUACUUGCUUCUUACAUUGUUAUCAUGUCAUUUAAUCUAUCUUAGAUGAAAGCAAUACACUGGUACAAGUGAUAUUACAAUGUGGUAAACAUCUGUGAAAAAAAAAAUUGUCACAAUGAAGUCACUACUCUCUUAAUAGUAAAAAAUUCACAAAGAUACAGAUUUUGGAAUACCCCGGUAUGUAAAAAUUGUUUCAUAUAAAAUAUGUUCGUUUAAUUGUGUGUAUUACAGACAGAUUUUUGCUAGUGAACUUCCCAAUAAAACAAUGACUGCAAAACUUCGUCAUUGGAAUGGAAUUUGUGUUUCAAUCCUCCAGGCGUAUGGCAUAUAGAAAAUAGCAGAAUAGCGCUUUCGCACUUUUGGAAAAAUUCUCUGUCAAACUGUUUUUAGAUCAGCUAUAAAAUGUAUUUUGGCCACUUUUUGUCAGCUUUUCAAUUAUCUAGACAAAUAAUUUGUUUAGCUGCAAGUUUUGGCAUGUGAUUUCCCAGAAGCUUAGUCAAUUGUUUGUUAAUUUUCUUCCCAGGUAGAACUUUAUUGUACAGUAAAAGUGCAGUUUUAGAACUACAGCUUCAAGUUAAUACACACAUUAUAAGCACAGUUUAGCGCUUAAUUUAAAUGUAGUGUUUUGUCAAGUCAGUUUUACGACCUAGUUUUUCUAGUGAGGUUGAAGAAAAGAUGUUUGACGAUGAGCUCAGCUUUUUUUAAGAAAGUUAGUCAUAGCCUUGGUGUUUUUGACAGCUGCUGCAUGCAAAAAAAAAUGAGUUCUAAGAUAUUGAAAUGAAGCUUGGUGAGCAUAUUUAAGCAAGGUCCAUAACUUUUAUAGUGUUCAAAUUAUGUUCCUUUUUCAUGAAAAUAACAACAGACAAGCGUUGGUGUUCGCCCAGUGCUCUUUUACAAGUUUAUAGCUAUUAUGUUUGUAUAAAUAACCAUAUCUGUGACUUUAUUUGCGUUACCUUGUGCUUUCAAAGGAUGUUGUGAGUCUAAGAAGUUGCAGUAUGAUUGAUCCAUUUUAUUUUGGUGCCAUUUAUUAAGUUUCAAUGUUUUUGAAAUUGUGAGUGCUUCUGAAAUUGUACACAAGCUGCAUUUAGAAUACUAGAAUUUGGUAUUGUGCUAACAUGUAUAUAUAUGCAGUAAAUGUUGCUAUACGUUCAUGUAUUAUGUUCUGUUAUGAUAUUAAAGACAAAGACUUUCA